ACGCUGACUAGGUGCCAGCUGCGGAGUCUCCUUCUGGAAGAGCUGCAGCUACGGAGAAGGAAAGCGCCAAGGCCAGCCCGACAGACUGACGCGCUGACCGCCGCUGCGCCGCCGCCCCAGCUCGCGCUGCGCCACCAAGGUAACCCACUCGCUAGAGCCCGGACCCGAAAUGGAAACGGUCCAGGAGCUGAUUCCUCUGGCUAAGGAGAUGAUGUCUCAGAAGUCCAAGGGGAAGCUCGUCAAGCUGUACGUGCUGGGCAGUGUGCUGGCCCUCUUCGGCGUGGUGCUGGGCCUGAUGGAGACAGUGUGCAGCCCCUUCACAGCAGCUAGCCGUCUGCGGGACGAGGAGGCAAUGGUGGCUGAGCUGCGGGGCGCUCAGGAGCGACAGGCCCAACGCAGGCAAGCCCUGCUGGAGAAAGGCAAGCAGCCAGAGGAAGCCCUGCUUGGUUGCCGGGCCCACUCCCACCGGCAGCAUGCCUCCUAGGAACUCCAGAUCAGCAGAAGGGAAGGGGGGACAGACAGAAAGACAGACAGACAGAGACAGACAGACAGAUCCUGACUCAAAUGGGAGACAAGAGGAGCCAUGUGCCCUUUGAGAGAAGUCACUGACACCUAGAACUGACCUGCCACGUGGAUCCACCAAAAGGAGUUUGGGAUUGAGUUUUGCUGCUAUGCAGCAUUGUGUUGUGAAAAUAUAUUCAAAAUUGUGUAUCUGUAAGCUAUCUGAGAAUCUAUUGUUUUGCACUAGGGAAGAAGGAGAAAUGCUUUUUGUACUAUUAUUAUUUUUAUUAUUAUUAUAAUGAACACCAUUUUGCAUUUUGAAAUAAAAACGUUUUAUACUGUA